AUGAUCAAUGACAAGCCUGAGCUUCAAGCAGUGAAGCACUUGAGCAAAAAGAGAGACAAAGAUGAGAUCUCUACAGACAUGGUAGAGAGGCAAGCUAGAGAUGGUGAUGGGCUUCUGGUCAAGAACGGUGUUGUAGAAAACAAGCGAUGCGGGAUCAUGAGCACCUAUGCUUUGGUCACUUCAGUGCUUCUCCAGAACAUCAAAUACGAGAUGGAGUUGGUACCAGUGGACAGCAGGUCAGAGUUUUUGGAAUAUACUGCCUCGCCACCAAAGUCAACUAAAAUAUGGAGCAUGGUAUAUACCAUGCACUUGUGGAGAAGUGUUUCCUCAUCAGGCUUCAGCAGGGUGUCUGUGACGUCCAGGCCCCACAGUGCAUCGCCAUACCUCUCCAUGCUGCAUACACCCAAGUUGGCUUGUUUGUGCACUGCUCCUUUUCACUGGCACUGCAAUGAGGUGGUCAAAACAUGUGACUCAUCAGCAGUGGACGAUGAUAGCCUGCUGCCUGCCAAGAUUCAGCACCUCAAUGAAUUAAGUCCUUUCAUCAAGAGGAAUUCAGUGGCCGACCCUGUGCAGCCACCAUUACCACUUAAGUAUGCGCUGAAACCACGAGCUGUGAAGCAUGGGCCAACAGUGAUAUCAUCCAUGGUGGCUGCAGCACUAUCAGCUGAAGUGGCAGCUGACAAGUUUCAAGAUCAGCAACUUGGAUAUUUGCACCAGUAUUUGCCGAACAAGAUGCUAGCUGGUGGUGCUUCUGGGCUAUCCUCACUGUGUCCUGCCAUUACUUGGUGGCCUACUAUGCAUAUCGCACCACGUAUCCCAUUAAGUAGGAUCUCUCAAGAGCUCCCCGUAGAUAUCUCUACCUCUUUGACAGCUGUGAGGCCUGUCAAGCAUGGCAAACACACACCCGAGAGACUACUGACUGCUAGGUUGGAGCCAGAGAAGACAGCUCUUGACUUCCCACAAUCACCUGGACAGUCUGCAUUUUAUAACUUGAAUUCCUAA